AUGAAUUUCUCCCUCACUAUAUAUUUUCCCUAGCCUCUCCCCGCGCGGCCCGCCAGUCGCCCCUCUCUUCAUCUCCAUAUCCCUAUCUCUCUCUCCGGCGCCCAUUGACCCGCGCGGUUGGCCAACCCACCGGCCAUCUUCUCCAGUCGAAACCGGCCGGCCUCUCUCUACGGCGCCAGUCCCCCCUUGUCUCCAUCUCCAUAUCCCUACCUUUCUCUCUCCGGCGCCAAGUGACCCGCGCGGUUGGCCAACCCACUGGCCAUCUUCUCCAGUCGAAACCGGUCGGCCAUCCCCCUCUCCAUCUCCCCGAUCGAUCGACGCGUGCGUAUCCUCUCUCUACGGUGCCCAGAUAGUGCUCUCUCUCCGGCUGGCGAUUAUUCCGCCGUUACUGUUCCUGUACUGCGCAACUGACGUUUCCCACGGUUGCCCACCGCCACGCUCCUCACUCCGCAGCUGUCAGACUAAAGUUUGAGGUUUCCGAGCCCAAUCCAUCAACACCCCUUGCCUCCUCGCUUUGGAAUCAUCGACUGAGCGAUCGCGGUUUCUGGUUUGUUGAAGAAUGGGAGAGAGAAAGGUGCUGAACAAGUACUACCCGCCGGACUUUGACCCCUCGAAGCUUCCGCGGGUUCGGAGGCCCAAGAACCAGCAGAUCAAGGUCCGCAUGAUGCUCCCCAUGAGCAUUCGCUGCAACACUUGCGGCAAUUACAUCUACAAGGGCACCAAGUUCAAUUCCCGCAAAGAGGACGUCGUCGGCGAGGCAUAUUUAGGAAUUCCACUAUUUCGAUUCUAUUUCAAAUGUACAAGGUGCUCUGCUGAGCUCACGAUGAAGACAGACCCUCAAAAUUCUGACUAUAUCGUUGAGUCUGGUGCAACACGAAAUUUUGAACCUUGGCGUGAAGAGGAUGAGCUAACAGAGUCGGAGAAACAGAAAAGGGAUGCUGAAGAGAUGGGAGAUGCGAUGAAAUCUUUGGAGAAUAGAACCUUGGAUUCAAAAAGAGAGAUGGAUAUACUGGCCGCACUAGAUGAGAUGAAGUCUAUGAAGUCCAGACAUGCAACUGUGAGUGUAGAUGCCAUGCUUGAGGCCUUGCAGCAUACAGUUGUGCAAAAGGAGAAAAAGUUGGAAGAAGAGGAUGAAGCACUUAUAAAAUCAAUAUUUCAUCAGAAUUCAAAAGAUUAUGUUCGAAGAAUUCAUGAUGAAGAUCUUGAUGAUGAUGAUGAUGAAGAUAUGAUUCAGCUUUCAAGUGGCAAUGGUGAAACAUCUUUUGAUCAACCGAAGAGAAGAAAGGUCUUUAAAGAGCUUCCUGGUAACCCAAUAAAUUCUUUGGCAAGAGCAACUUUUGCUGAUUGUCCCACCAACAAAGAAAAUGAAGGUGGUUCAGGGGCUCCUGGUGAUGCUAAGUUAGCAAUCAAGUCUUCAACCGUUAGGAUUUCAGUUGUUAAGAAAGCAGCCUCUAAAGAUAGCAAUUCAGCAAAAUUGGAGAAGAAAGAUAACACAAGUAAACUACCAGUUGUUCCAGAAGAUAGCAGUUUAAAGCAUACAGGCAUUGCACUAGCCUCUCUCUUACAAAACUAUGAAAGUGAUGACGAUUAGUGGGUGAUUGUAUAACCAUUACUUUCUUUCCCAAGAUUGUUAGAAAAUUCAUUUAUGAUAAGAGUAAUGCUAUAUUCCACAUUUGUAUCUCACAACUAGCUAACAAUGUUGAUGUGACAAUAUCAACUAAUGUUUCUCAUCCUUCAAUACUAGAGUGUUGAAUUUGGGGAUUUC